CGGGGCGGCGGCGCUUUGCGGCACCUCGCGGCCUUUCGCGACGGCGGGGCCCAGACCCGAGCGGCGAUGGCGACGUUCGUGAGCGAGCUGGAGGCGGCCAAGAAGAGCCUGAGCGAGGCGCUGGGCGAGAACGUGAAGCAGUACUGGGCCAACCUGAAGCUGUGGUUCAAGCAGAAGAUCAGCAAGGAGGAGUUCGACCUGGAGGCCCGGCGGCUGCUCACGCAGGACAACGUCCACUCCCACAACGAUUUCCUCUUGGCUAUUCUCACCCGAUGCCAAAUCUUGGUUUCUGCACCAGAAGGUGCUGGAUCUCUGCCGUGGCCAGGUGGCUCUGCAACUAAACCUGGAAAACCCAAAGGAAAGAAAAAGAUUUCUUCAGUUCGACAAAAGUUUGAUCACCGGUUCCAGCCUCAGAACCCGCUGUCUGGAGCCCAGCAAUUUGUAGCAAAAGAUCCUCAGGAGGAUGACGACUUGAAGCUGUGUUCCCAUACCAUGAUGCUUCCUACACGUGGCCAGCUGGAAGGAAGAAUGAUCGUAACUGCUUAUGAGCACGGGCUAGACAAUGUCACAGAGGAGGCAGUGACAGCAGUCGUUUAUGCUGUGGAGAACCAUCUUAAGGAUAUUCUGACAUCUGUAAUAUCCCGGCGGAAAGCCUAUCGUCUGAGAGAUGGCCACUUCAAAUACGCCUUUGGAAGCAAUGUUAAUCCUCAGCCAUAUCUGAAGAACAGUGUUGUUGCUUAUAACAACUUAAUUGAAUGCCCUCCAACCUCUGUGACACCUUCUGCUGGUCAGAGUCUAGCUCCACAGCCCCCGCCUGAUGAUGCUGAGCAGCAGGCAGCACUACUACUGGCAUGCUCUGGAGACACUUUGCCAGCAUCCCUUCCUCCCGUGAACAUGUACGACCUUUUUGAGGCGUUACAGGUACACAAAGAAGUUAUUCCUGCGCACACUGUCUAUGCUCUAAACAUUGAGAGAAUUGUCAUGAAACUCUGGCAUCCGAACCACGAGGAGCUGCAGCAGGAUAAAAUCCAUCGUCAGCGCCUGGCAGCAAAGGAAGGCCUUCUGCUCUGCUAGAGCCACGGAGCCAAGCUCAGGUGGCUCUAGUGCUGCUCCUUGGAUUGACACUGGGAUGCUUCUUACAAACCUGUGUCAGCAUUUCGAGGAAGAUGUAAGUUAUGAGUCAGCUUUUCCUAUGGAAAUAUUACGGAGUUGUGGUACACUUUCUCUGCUUCCCAAGAGUCGUGUGCCAUGGAGUGCUUGCAGCAAUCCCACUGAAUUGGAAAGGAGGAACAACAGACUUGUUUGCAAAGACUGUUUUUUUAACAAAUAAAAAUAAAUGUGAGGGUGAAAAGAGUUGGUUUUAAAGAA